AUGGUGGCGACGGGGGCGACGGGUGGAGGGGACGACGGGGCGGGACGGCGGGACGGCGGGACGCGCGCGAGCGCGAGCGCGAGCGAUGGGUCGUCGCCUUUUAACAUGGAACAACUGCGAGCGGCGGUGGAUCGGCAUCAUAAGAAGGUGUCGAGUGAGGUCGAACGGGCGUGGCGCGAGUCGAGUCUUGGGAGUUUCUCGUUCGGACGCGCGCCGGGACGCUCGAGCGAGAGCGGCGGAGGCGCGGGGACGCGCGCGGGGAUCAGAGGGACGACGAUGCUCGAGCGCGAGAGCGGGGACGAGGGUGAUGGCUCCUUGGCGCAACGCGCGGGGCGGAAGAAGCGGUUGAGCAUCACGGAGGUGACGGAAAAAUUUACUGAGAUGGCGAAACGAGCGAGUCAAGAUUCCUUGGCGAAAUUGGACGACGCUCGGUUCAUGGAGCGGUUUGAAAAGCUCAGAACGAGCAGAGAUCGCGGGAGGCGGGGCGCGUCGGGGACCGAUGACCUUCGGGAGGGGGGAAAGGCUCGCGCGCGGUCGGCGCAGGAUCUUCAAGCGAUUAUAGCGAAAUCCAUCUCAAAGGCGCCGUCCAUGCCAAAGUGGGGAGAGGAGUGGGACGUGUUCAAAGCGAUCAAGCCGCGAGAGGAGGAAAAUCAGAGACAGCGCGGCGGUCGUUCGUCACCGGGUGGGAUGAAUCGAAGGCGGGCGCAGUCGGAGACGCUCGUUGGCGCGCCGAAGGCGUCCCCCAAAUCGUCUGCGGAUCUGUCGCCGCCGCCGUCUCGUUCCCUUUCGCGACCGACGUCCACGGAUAAUCUUCUCGCCGCCGGCGAAGGGAAAUCACUCGCCGGCGCGGUAGACGAGGAUGACACCAAUCCCGCGAAAGUGUUUGAAAACAUCAAGCGAGAGAUCACGAGUAGACUCCCGCGCCCGCCGAGUCUUCCAAAGAUGAACGAUUUGCAAAACGCCGUACGACGACUGGCUGGUAAGCCCGAGGAAAUCAUGGUUUCAUCGCCGUACGACGCGAGUCUGAGUAGUCCGGGAGUGGUUCUCAAGAGCCCGACGUCGACGUCGGCGACGGCGGCGGAGAUGCGCGAACGCGAGGCGGACGCCGCGAGACAGCGAGGAAAGGACGCGCCGAGAUCCAUCAAGGAACACGGACGCUCGGUCGCCAUCGUCACCACGGCUUCGUUACCGUGGAUGACGGGUACGGCUGUGAAUCCACUCUUGCGCGCUGCGUACUUGGCGAGGCGAGGAACGCACGAUGUGACGCUCGUGAUUCCCUUCCUGGCGCCAAACGAGCAAAAGCUCGUGCAUCCCAACAUGAUUUUCAACACCCCUGAGGAGCAAGGAGCUUACGUCAACAAGUGGGUCGAGGAGCGUUGUGGAUUCAAACCGCAGAUGAAGCUGUCGUUCUACCCAGGACGAUACGCCACGGACAAGUACAGCAUCAUUCCGGUCGGUGAUUUGACGUCGUACAUCCCGAGUGAUCGCGAUUCAGAUGUCGCCGUUCUGGAGGAGCCCGAGCAUCUCAACUGGUACCACGCCGGUCAGCGAUGGACCGACAAGUUCAAACACGUCGUCGGAAUCGUGCACACCAACUAUCUCGAUUACGUGCGCUUGGAGGAAAACGGACCGAUCAAGGAAAAGGCGCUGAAGUUUGUGAACAACGUCGUGUCGGCCGUGCACUGUCACAAGGUCAUCAAGCUCUCGGACGCGGUGCAAGAAUUUCCCAAGAGCACGACGAUGAAUGUUCACGGCGUCUCUCCGAUAUUCUUGGACGUGGGCGCUCAGAAGGCGCUCGAGGCGACGCAUGCGAAUGUCGACGUGGUGAAAGGUCCGCUCGCCUCCGUUGGACGCUCGGCUACGAAGAAGCUCGGUAAGUCGAACAAGCCCGUCUUCACUAAGGGAGCGUACUUUCUCGGCAAAGUAGUUUGGGGUAAGGGUUACAAAGAGCUUCUCGAUCGAGUGUCGGAGCACAAUGGGAGUGAGAACGGACGAGAUUGUCCUCUGGAGCUCGACGUCUUCGGCAACGGCGACGAUUUCACCGAGGUGAAGUCGACGGCGGAGGAGAGACAUAUUCCGCUCCGUUUCCACGGACGCAAAGAUCACGCCGAGAAAGAUAUUCAUGAUUACAAAGUUUUCGUGAAUCCCUCGCUCUCGGACGUCGUCGCGACGACCACGGCUGAGGCUCUAGCAAUGGGAAAAUUCGUCGUGUGCGCCAAGCACCCGAGUAACGAGUUCUUCUCCACCUUCCCGAAUUGUCUCGUGUACGAUAACCCCGAUGAGUUCAGCAAGUGCGUGAAGAAAGCGCUGACCUCUGAACCGACGCCGCUGAGCGCACAGGAUUCGUACAGGCUUUCAUGGGAAGCCGCGACGGAUCGCUUCUUGGACGCCGCCGAACUGUCGCCACGGGAAAUCAAUCCGACGCUCGGCGACAAGGCGAAAGAAAAGUUUGCGCACGCGAUGCAUACCACACUAACGAGCGUUGAGCCGAUCCGUCGAGCCACGGGCGCGGGUGCGAAUACGCUCAAGGCUCCGGAGAAGCUCGAUCACUCUUGGGAACCCGAGCCGUGGGACUCGAGCGCGCGCGACGCCAACCGCACGAAAAAAUGA